AUGAACCAUCACCCGUCGCCUUCAGAGCAUAUGGACGUUGAAAGAAGGUCAUCGUCGCCCAAGCGCAAGAAGGUCCGCCAAAAGUACGCGCCCAAAGCAUGUGUAUCAUGCAGGCGUUCGAAGCUCAAGUGUUCCGGAGAUAACCCGUGCCAACGUUGCGUCGACAACGGCAAGCGAUGCUUCUUCUCAGAAGACCAGACGGCCGCCGAAGCCCUGCAGAAUCUCAGCAGGCCGACGCCCACGCUUCAAGCCCAAGCAUCGAAUGCGAGCGGAAACGGCAACAAUGCAUCGCGAAGAAGCAUACUACCGCGCGACGAUGAGACGGAACGACGGGCGAGUGAUGCCAGUACCCGCGGCAUGUCCAUUGAGGCGCGUAUGGCCCGGGUGGAAGCCAUGAUGGAAGCCCUCAUGCGUGACCGAGGCUUGACCAUGACGCCUGCUGGUAGCGUGGAGCGCGAAGACAGUGGCAGUGAGGGUUUUCGGGGUGACACGGCAUUCACCGGCCUACCACUGGAUCCCAUCAAUCCGGUCCUUGCCUUUAUGGGACAGCCUUCGCCCUUCUCCCAAGAGUCGUCCAAUCCUGCUCAGUCUACCGUAGAGCCGCCCCAUCUAGUACAAUUGGGCAAUCGAACCAUGCCCUUUCCCAAUCCAGCCGAAUAUCAACAGCGCCUUAUGUCCUUCUUUACCGACAUACAUUUGUCUCACCCAUGCAUAGAUGAAGCCGAUUUCCGCAGUCGCAGUGAGCACAUGCUUGCGAGUCCGACGAUACAGUCAGGAGAAAGCCAUUUUCUUGCGCUCAACUACCUCAUCUUUGCAUGCUGCGAUGUACUGCUCAACACUAAGAAAAUUGGCUCCACUAAACCUGUGGGCUGGCAGUGGCUGGAGCUAGCCGAUGAUAUCUUGGACAAGAAAUCGCUCUUGAGUGGAAACGGUGAUCUGACGUUGAUACAAUGUCUGCUUUUCCAAGCUCUAUACUACACUUUCGUCGAUGUUCCCGGUCCGGCUUACAACAGCAUUGGUCUCGCUGCCAGGCUGGUCUUCCAAUACUCGCUACACCAGCAAUCCACCUGGACCGACAUCACAACUCGUCAAGCCUAUGAGCGAAUUUGCUUGUUCUGGAAUGUCUUUGUAGCGGACCGCUUCAUCUCGCUAACAUGCGGAAGACCAUAUACUAUCCAUGAAGCCGAUAUUCAGGUCGAACUACCGAAUGAGUUGUUCGUUAGGGCAAUGCUUCCCAUGCAACUUGAUCAUGAACACGAUCCAAGACCGUUCAUGAAUCACUAUCUGCACUACGUGAUCCUCUGGGCACGCUACGCGGGUAAUACCCUCGAUGGCCGCAGUCUCAACCGCAGCACUCAAGAUGCUAUUGACGCACAAAUCGCUCAGUUCCUCGACCACGACCUCCCAGAACUACAAAUACCCUAUACCCACCCGUCAUCAGGAUCCGACGCACCAUUCAAGACCACCCUCAUCCAAAUGAAGACUGACUUCGUCCUUUGGGGGUUCCGCCCCAUCAUCACCUCCCUCCAAUACGACAACGACCACGCCACUCACUUCAGCCAUCUCGCAGUCUGCACCAUCAAUCGCAUGUCCUCGUUCAGCCAAGACGCCCGACGCCCUUUUAGCUUCCGUCACGACAUAACUACUUCCCUCGCAAACGCUGUCCUCGUCCUCUGUUCCCUCAUCGUUCGCGAUACGGCCAGUAGAAAUCAAAGUCAUAUCGGAGCCUUUCGUACUGCCACAGCCAUGCUGAAUGAUCUCGCAUAUAGCCAGCCGUAUGCCAAACGCGUCGUCACAGACUUUGGAGCCAUUACCCGCGCUGUCGAAGGUAUCAUUGAUGGGAAAGAUGUACCAGAGAACGUUGCUAGUCUCUUCCCUUAUCAAUCUGCUAGUCCGCAUAUUCGCAUGCCGCAGAUAGCACUGGCAAAUAGUGGAGUGGGUAGUAUAUCUACGACUGGUAAUGGUGAUCCGGGCAAGGCGGGUGAGCCUGGUUGUGGCGUUUUGUGGCUUUGA